AGGUGUCUGGUUACUCCCAGUCAGUCCGGGCGAACAGACAGGAGAGAGUGCAUUUCGGAGGAUAAUGGUUACUGUUCGUCAAUCGAGAGACACAGAAAACGCUCUCUCACCGGUUUAAUAAGAAUCGUUUUUUUUACUGAAUUAUAGUUACUCUGUACUUUAGCCUAUGUCUGGUUACCUGGAUUCCUGCGGAGUUCGCAUAAUUUGGAAGUGAUGGAAACCCGAAUGGCCGAGUAGUAGCGCUUGCGAAAUAAACCUGUUGCCAGUUCGACAAUCCUGCCCUCCUAUAUUUUAAGAUGUUUCAUUGUGGAUGUGAUGCCGUGCCUACUUGCCUAUUGGCACUUUUCUAGUUGGAGCACCAGCCUGUAUCUUGUGGAAGCUUAGUUUCAUAACUUCCAGGAGGAUGCACGUGUCCUUGGCUGAGGCGCUGGAGGUGCGGGGAGGCCCACUGGAGGAGGAGGAGGUGUGGGCUCUGCUCAGCCAGAGCGCUGAGAGUCUGCAGGAGCUGCUGCGGAGAGAUCCCUCCGCCCUGGGCUUCAUCAUCUCCCCCUGGUCCCUGCUGCUCAUGCCCUCCGGAAACAUCUCCUUCACGGACGAGAACGUGACUCAGCAGGACCUCAGGGCCUUCACAGCACCGGAGGUCCUCGCCGGACUCAACUUAUCCUCAGUGUCUGACAUUGAGAAGAUGCACAUGUACUCUCUUGGUAUGACCCUGUUCUGGGGAGCCGACUACGAGAUUCCUCAGUCUCAGCCCAUGAAGCUGGGGGAGCGUCUGAACACCCUGCUGCUGAGCAUGUGCGAGGACUCGACGCUGACGCGCAUGUCUGUGCGAACCGCGCAGGACGCCUGCAGCGCACACAUCCGCAGCUCCAGUGCAGAGCCCUCUUUCUCUUAUGUCCGCAGGCUGGUGCGCCUGGUGUUGGGCAGCCUCUCUCAGCUGGACGGGCUGCUGUCUCAGACCGAGAGGGAGUCCUUGCCCGAGCGGAGCAAAGAGAUUCGCGAGCGAUUGCGAGGCAAAGGCCUCCCCGCAGGGCGGAGCGCGGCCCAUCGUGUCCUGGAGCGCUACAGGGCCCGCUCUCAGGAGCAUGCUGGACUGAACCGAGGCCUGAGCCGCUCCAUGAGCUCGCUGCCUGUGCAGGAGGUGCUCCGGGCGGACGACAGCGCUCUCCACUACCCCCCGUCAGAGUUCCACCCGGGUUCCGAGUCCUCCGCCGAACUCUACCCCAACCUGCUGUCCCAGACCCACGCCCAGCCCCAGCCACAGGCCCGCGGCCGGCUGACCGACACCGGCAGGAAGGCCCCGUCCCAACGCAGCGAGCAGCGCCGCAAGAACUGGGCGUCGGCCGUGGACCUGGCCUGCCUGGACCCGGAGAUGCUGCACUGGGGGGGCCUGGAGGAGGCGCGGAGGGGCAGCAGCGCUCUGAGCACCCGCUCCGCCGGACGCCACCGCUCCGCCUCCCGCCCCAAGGAGGGCCGCCACUCCGACUUCAGCGGGCUGCAGCACCCGAGGGCCCACCACCUGCCGGCGCUGUCCGUCAGCUCGGCCCUCAGCAGCGCCUACGAUCGCAUCCGCGAGAGGCAGAGGAAACUGCACGCGCUGCAGCAGGCCAUGGAUGAUCCCCUUCAUACCCACAGAAGAUACCACAGUGACUACAGCUCUUCCAGCGAAAGCCCCUCGGUGACGUCCUCAGAUCCUGAAUACAGACAAGUCAAGAAACACGAAGAUGGGCGAAGGAGCAGCUCACAGGUGGCUCUGUCAGAGCAUGACAGCAUGUCCCUCAGCAGACAGAGGCUGCUGGAAGCGGGUCCUGAUGAGACUCUGGGCACCGAGCUGCUCAUCCAGCGGCAGGAGGAGCAGAUCCACCGCCUCCAGGCGCGCCUCUCUCACGCCAGCAUCCACCCAGUGGAGGACACCCGCAUCCGCACCAGCUUCUACCCCUCAGACGACCUCCGCACCUCAAUGCUGGAUCUGCGCGAGCCUCGCAGAAGCAGUCCUCUGGAUGGGACGGUGGUUCACCGCAAGCCUAAGAACUUUUACGGGCCUGAAUUUGUGAAGAUGGCCAGCGAGCCUUGUGUUGUGUUGAGCGUCCCCUCCUCCAUAAUGAAUAAGCGCGGGAAGGUGGAGGAGAGCCAGCGGAAGGUGGGGGUGGUGCUGCUGAACAGCCAGCGUCUGGAGCUCAGCAGCGAUGUGAAGGCGGUGUGCAAGGACGUGCUGGACAUGGUGGUGGCUCACGUGGGCCUGGUGGAGCACCACCUCUUUGGCCUGGCCUGCCUGCGAGACGACGAGUUUUUCUUUGUCGACCCUGAUGCCAAACUGACCAAAGUGGCCCCUGAUGGCUGGAAGGAAGAUCCCAAGAAGAAGAAAACUGAUGUCAACUUCAAUCUGUUCCUGCGCAUCAAGUUCUUCUUAGACGAUGUGAACCUCAUUCAACACAUGAUGACCAAACACCAGUACUACUUGCAGCUGCGGAAAGACAUCUUGGAGGAGAGGAUGCGGUGUGACCUGGAGAGCGCCAUGCUUCUGGCCUCGCUCGCUCUGCAGGCAGAGUUUGGUGAUUACCAGCCGGAGCUCCAUGGGAAGACAUAUUUCAGGAUGGAGCACUAUCUGCCUGCCUCCGCCAUGGACAAGUUUGACCAGACCUCCAUCAAAGAGGACUUGCCCAAGCUACACAGCUCCUACUACGGAGUCUCUGAGGAGGAGGCUGAAUUUGAGUUCCUUAAAGUGUGCCAACGACUGACCGAGUACGGUGUCCACUUCCAUCGCGUGCUGCCAGAGAAGAGGUCUCAGACAGGCAUCAUGCUGGGUGUCUUCUCCAAAGGUGUUCUGAUCUUUGAGGUCCUGAAUAGUAAUCGGACUCCUGUGCUGAGGUUCCCCUGGAGAGAAACAAAGAAAAUCUCGUUCAUUAAAAAGAAGAUCUCUCUCCAGAACACCUCCGACGGCAUCAAGCACCUGUUUCAGACAGACAGUCAGAAGACCUGCCAGUAUCUGCUGAACCUCUGUUCCGCCCAGCACAAGUUCCACCUGCACAUGAAAGCCAGACAGAGCAAUCAGGAGACCAAGGACUUGGAGAAUUGCCCAUUGAGUAGCCUGCAGUUCUCCACUCCACCUGAAGGGAUGGGUAGGGCAGUGAGCGUGCUCAGUCUGGCCCCCAGCGCACGUUCGGAGAGCGAGCACCUCAAGAGGAUGUCCUGCUCGGAGGCCGCUCUGAACAAGCACCACCUGGGCCGACUCCAUGCCCCCAUUGACCCCUCGUACCCCGGCUACGUGCCCAACCCCAACCCCAACCCCCGCCUCCUGAGCCGCUCUCAUCACAACCUGGGCCAGCUGCCCGAGUCGCCGGAGCACCGGGCGGGCCUCUCCUACGGCAGCCAGUCCCAGAGCAGCGCGUCGCGGCCCUCCACCCAGCUGCCCUCUCACCACCGCGCCUGCUCCGACACAGACUCCAUCACGGUCAGCAGACAGCAGGACACCAGUGCUUUCAGCUCUCUGGUCCACAGCAACCCCCACUGGAGCCCCGAGAAGUUUAAGAAGGAGUCGGACUCCUCCUCCUGUGAAGAGACAGCCAACGCCUAUGUCGUAGGUGUGAGCAUGGCAAGCUCAGGACUCCCCUCCACCCCUGCGCCUCUGACAGUCAGUGAUUCUCUGAAGAAGAAGCUGAAUGCCUUGCCUUCCCCUGAGAGGGAGAUUAUGACCGUGAAUCUGAAGAAGGAUGCAAAGUAUGGUCUGGGGUUCCAGAUUGUAGGAGGAGAGAGCUCAGGACGGAUGGAUCUUGGGACUCUGAUCAGCUCCAUAACUCCUGGAGGUCCAGCUGACAUCAACGGCUGCCUGAAGCCUGGAGACCGGCUCAUCUCAGUCAAUGACCUCAAUCUGGAGGGACUUCCUCAUGAAGCUGCUGUGGAGAUCCUUCAGAACGCCUCUGAUGAUGUCACACUCAUGGUGUCUCAGCCCAAAGAGAGGCUAUUUGAAGGCUCCCCUUCAAGCUUCCCUCGCUACAGCGCCACGUCCCCCGUGACCAUUGCUGCUCAGAGGACGGAGGCAGAUUUGGACUCGUCAUCUGAGGAGAACGCAGGGUCCCCCAGUCCCCCUCCACCGGCCCCCAGUGUCUCCGUGUCCCCACCGGGCCGACGCCAGGAGAGCCUGAACAACUCCCACACGGACAGCACCAGUCUCCCCCAGGCUCAGCUCAACGGCUUCCACCGCAGCCCCCCCCCAGAGGGCCCCCCUGCAGCCCAGCCCACUCAGGACGGAACCCCACCCGCUCUGCCUCCUAAGACCAGGAAAGCCCAGAAGGUGCAGGAGAUGCCCAAAGAACCCGAAUCUUCAGACAGAGGAGACUCGGAUAUGGAUGAGGAGACAUACUCUGGUAGCCAAGAGAAACUUAAACUUCAAAAGGAGCUAUCUCCCAGCUGCAUCAUGGGAAAUUUAAGUGGUAAUGCCCCAGGGGUCAAUAGUCUCCAACCUGGAGAUCUAUUUGACGUUGAGCUGUCCAAAAUAGACAGCAGCCUGGGCAUUAGUGUGACGGUACUGUUUGGAAAGGGUGGAUCAAACACAACAGUGAAGCAUGGAGGAAUCUAUGUCAAAGCCAUCAUCCCUAAAGGAGCGGCGGAGUUGGAUGGGAGAAUUCAAAAAGGUGAUCGAGUAAUGGCUGUGAACGGGAAAAGCCUGGAAGGAGCUACACACAAGCAGGCUGUGGAAGCUCUUAGAGAGACGGGACAAGUUGUCCACCUGCUGCUAGAGAAGGGUCAGCCCCUGGCUGAUAGCAUCCACGCCCCACUCACCCCACAGACCACUGCAGAGCCACCCAAGGCGAAGCCCAGAGCAGCCCAGAAACAUCCCCCUGACUACCACUUUGUGACAGACGAUAAUGUGUUUGAGGUUGGCCUGCUGAAGAACUCCUCUGGCCUAGGCUUCAGCUUCAGUCGUGAGGAGAACGUUCCAGGGGAACCAGCCCCGACCAGCAUGGUUCGAGUGAAGAAGCUGUUCCCUGGGCAACCAGCUGCUGAGAGUGACAAAAUUGAAGUGGGCGAUGUCAUCUUGCGCGUCAAUCAGACUUCACUCAAGGGCCUGUCACAACAUGAGGUGAUCUCAGCUCUGAGAGGAGCAGGACAGGAGGUCACUCUGCUGCUCUGUAGGCCCGACAAAGGACUUCUGCCAGAAAUGGACUCCUCUCUGGUGACCCCCAAGGUUUCCCCUCGCAAGGAGGUCCAUGCUCAUCCUGUGCCCAGCCAGCCGAGGACAGGCUCUCCUGCUGGGGGGGACAGUCAGCCGAGGACAGGCUCUCCUGCUGGGGGGGACAGCCAGUGGAGCCUGGGCCCGGUGGAGGAGGCUCUGGAAAGGCUGCUGAUGAAAUCCCCCAGCCGCCGGGACAGCUACAGUGACAGCACAGAUGACGACGAGGAGGUGGAGGAGGCCUUCAGCCCUUCCCUGGAGCACAGUAGCCAAUCAUGGGACAGGAGUGUUUACCAAACCCCCAGCAACAACACUCCGCUGGGAAGACUCAGCCAGUAUGAAAGCCCAUGCGAGCUGGACGAUACAGUUCGAUCAGCCUAUUACUCUCCCAACCAGUCCAUCUGCAGGACAGAUCUCAACAGAAGGUGUCCAUCCUCUUCCCCCAUGACGGUGGAGCUGGACUCCACCUUGCAGCCCAUCCUGUCAUCAUCAGUCAGCCCAGACAGGGCGGGCCUGAGUCCCAGCCCAGACCCCCUGCCUCCCCCGCUUCCUGUGCCCACAGACCUCAGCCUCCCAAACCACAGUCAGGACAUAGAGGAAUUUGUGCCGGAAGUUGAGCUGAAGGUCUCUCUCGUCAAGUCAGACAAAGGAAGUUUGGGAUUUACCCUCACCAAAGGAAAUGACCUCAGUUGCUACAUCCACGACAUCAUUCAGGACCCAGCCAAAGGCGACGGACGACUGCGCCCUGGAGAUCGCAUGAUAAUGGUAAAUAACUCUGAGGUGUCCGGCAUGGGGCACACAGAGGUGGUGAACCUGGUUCGAGCGGCACCUCGAGUAGUGGACUUGGUGGUUGGGAGAGUUCUGGAAGCUCCUAAACCUCCUUUUGAAGCUCACCUACUGCCUGACAUCACCUACCAGUGCCAAGAAGAUUCUCUGGGUCUGGUGUUGGAAGGCGGUAGUGAUAACCUGCUGGGAUUGCUCUAUGUGAAGGAGGUGGCCCCAGGAUCAGUGGCAGCGGGCGAGGGCAGCCUGAGACCCCUGGACUUGAUCCACUUCAUCAACGGCGCCCCGACCCACGACCUCACCCUUAGUGAAAGUCGCAGGUUGCUGGAGCUGUCACUCAGGAACCUCACAUUGAAGGCCACCAGAGACGGGAAGCCAGUGACUCCACGACAAAAGAGCGUCUCGCAUCUUAACAAUAACCUAAGCUCUAAAGUAAACACAUCACAAAGCAUGAAUGGUUAUCUCCAUGGCGAACGGAAUGAUUUAGAAGUCCUUUCCAGUAUCUGUCCAUCUGAGGAGCAGCUCAUUCAGCUGCACCUGGAGAAGCCGCUCUCUGGAGGCCUGGGCUUCUCGGUCAUCGGAGGGGAGAGGGGCAUUUUUGUGAAGUCCAUCACGCCUGGGGGAGUGGCUCACACCUCCGGUGAGCUGCAGGUGGGAGACCGGCUGUUGAAGGUGAAUGAUGAGCUGAUGACAGGAGUGUCCCACUCCAAAGCCGUCACCACCAUCAGGAAAGCCAAAGGCGUGGUACAUCUGAUUGUGUCCAGGCCUCCUGAUCAAACCCCUAGCACGUACUUGGGCUUCUUGCCUCUUAGCUCGGACAAGUGCAAUGGAAACACAGAUGUGAGUGAGGACAGUGGAGUGCGAACUAAAGUGCACAGCCCAGCAGAUGGUCACAAGUCCAGCAGUGAAAAAGGCGCACCUGUCAUCCCACCCAUAGACUAUGACAUGGGUUCUAAGGAAAACAAGACAGAGGGCAAUACGGAUCUGUCAGAAGACACAGACUGUGAUGGUUCUUCUCUGCCUGAAGACUCACCUGAGACUUCAAGGAGAGCAGACUGGAAAGAAGAAUGUGUAGAUAGCCCUUCAGAUGAGCGAUCCACCAUUCUCAGCUAUCUGCAGACAAGUGAUGGCCAGUUGGAGGAGGACGAGAUCACUUGGGGCAGCGAUGAUCUUCCUAUUGAGAAUAUAAACUCCAAGUUCUCAGAGGAUGGACCUAUUGUUGUUGAAGAAGAGCUGACAUCUUUGCCCCUGGUAAAAGUCAUCCCUGAUGGUCAAUACACUGGCCCCAAACUGAACACGGUGGUCCGAAUGAUGCGAGGUCUGCUGGAACAGAAGGUCCCCCUGCAGGAGUUUGAGAAUUUACAGAAUCUGCAGCCUCUUGAUGACUGUUUGAUUGGACAGACGCAAGAAAACAAAAAGAAAAAUCGUUACAAAAAUAUUGUACCUUUCGACACCACUAGAGUGCUUCUUGGCAAAGAAGGUGGAUACAUUAAUGCCAACUUCAUAAAGAUGCUAGUGAAGGACGAAUGUUUUAUGUAUAUUGCCUGCCAAGGACCACUACCCACCACUCUUGGGGACUUCUGGCAAAUGGUCUGGGAACAGAAAUCUAAUGUCAUUGCUAUGAUGACCCAGGAAGUGGAAGGAGGAAAGGUGAAAUGCCAGAGAUACUGGCCAGAUACACCCAGAACAGCAGAAAUGGUAGACGACAGGCUCCAGAUCACUCUAGUGAAGGAUCAACACCUCGACAACUUUGUUAUUCGACUGAUUGAGGUUAAAGAUAUUCAGACUAAUGAGAUCCAGCAGGUCACACACUUAAACUACACUGGCUGGCCUGACCACGGAACACCCACACAGCCUGAGCAACUGCUCACAUUCAUCUCCUACAUGAGACACAUCCACCAAUCAGGACCCAUCAUCACUCACUGCAGUGCAGGGAUUGGCAGAUCAGGUACUCUGAUCUGUAUAGAUGUGGUUCUGGGACUCAUCAGCAAAGAUGUAGAUUUUGAUAUUUCAGAUGUGGUCCGUACUAUGAGGCUUCAGAGACAAGGAAUGGUUCAAACAGAGGAACAAUACAUUUUCUGCUAUCAGGUGAUUUUAUAUGUGCUCAGAUGUCUUCAAGCAGAGGAGACUAUCUCAGGAUAGAAGAUUAACUCUGAAUAUGCUGGAGCUUUUUAAUGAGACUGUUACAGUGAUAUAAGCAGAAAGACGGUGACCAACCUUUGUCCAUGGGGACUCAAAAAUGUUAGAACAAAUUCAUAGAUUAUCUUAUAAACAUUAUUCACUUCUGGAAAUUAAAAAUAUUCUAGAAGAUUGUGUAUAUUUUUGGCUUCUGUUCUCUUUUUGGCUGCUACUACUUUUAAAGACACAAUAAACCAUUGAUUUUUUUAUGUUACCUAUUUUUGGUAAAGAAACAGUGCCUUUUAUGGACACAUGAUAAUUACAGAAUAACCAUUGAAAUGAAAUCCUAUUUUGUAUGGAACAAAAUCAUCCUUGUUCUUUUUAAAAGCUAAAUAAUGCUGGAAGUUGCCUUGACAGAAUACGACAACAGUAUUUGCUUUGUAAAUCUCAAUAUCAAUCACCUUGAAUUUCUGUGGUAAAUAAUCACAUUAAAGUGUACAUAUUUAUCUCCUGAAAUGUGUUGAUAUGUUUUAAAAUGUUACAUACUGGACAAUUUGCAAUUUGUAAAUAAAAGAGUAUCAUGUCUUUUCAGGUUGUUGACAUUUUCAUUGAGUGUGUGUAAGAAGUUCUGUGUUUAGGUUACAUGUUGAAAUAUAGCCUACAUGGAUGUGCAGGUUAUGUUUUAACUUUGCCAAUGUGCCUUUGCUCAUUUCAAGUAGCCUAUGGAAGAUCUGAAUUCAAUGAUUCCUAAUGGGCCCAUUUGUGGAAUCACUGCUUAUUUAUUGGAAAAUCUAAAAUAAACUAGUUUAAUUUGGUGAUGUGGCCUAAUAAAA